AUGAAUGACAUAAAGAAUUCACUGAAGUGUGGAUCAAGUGAAGUGAACAACACAUUGAUAUUAGUUGAACACAAACCGGUUUACACAAUAGGUGUGCGAAGUAAACCAUACGAAGACUUACUUCUGGAGAAGCGGUUGAAGGGUUUGGGGGCAGAGUUUGUCCGCACAAAUAGAGGCGGUUUAAUCACAUUUCACGGGUCCGGACAACUGGUCGUAUACCCCGUCCUAUACUUGCCAUCAUUUGGUACUUUAAACAGAAGCAUCAGAUGUUAUGUACGAUCACUGGAGACAACUCUCAUUCAUUUGUGCCAUUCGUUUGGUGUGAAGACAUCAGUGGUCGAGGGGUUGCCCGGGGUUUGGGUGGACAACGACCGCAAGAUAGCGGCAAUU